GUCUUGAUCCAGCGAUUGAAUAAAUUGUCUUCAAUUCUGCAUUUCUCGAGAAUGCGGGAUCACUCAAUCGGAAUACAACUGUCAAAGAAGUUUUCAACUAUUGUGACAAUCAUGGUAUUUCUCGGGUGUAUUUCCUUGUUUUACAAUUUAAAAACAAGAAGCGCAUUCAAAUAUGCUUUGAAUAGUUCAUCCAAUUGGCCAUUUGAUGACAACGACCUUGAAAUAAAUGAUGCCAAACUUUUGGCACACAUCAGGUCGAAAUUCUUGAUGCCUGAUCCUCAAACGACAGAACUUGACAUGAAAUUAUAUGGCAAAAAUGUCAUUUGGGGUAACUCGCAUUGCAGAAACGUGGAGAACAUAUUUCUUCCGGUUUUAUUCAACAAGUCGAGGAAUGGGACGUUUUUGGAAGCCGGUUCUUGUGGAACACGUUUUUCUGGGACACUUCACAUGGAAAAAGAAUUGGAUUGGAUGGGUCUAGUAAUUGAAAUGCAUCCCACAAAUCUUCGGGAGCUCUGGGAGUUGGAAAGAAGCAAGGCAAUUCUAGCUCCGAUGUGUGUGUCAGUCAGUGGAAGACCAGAACAGGUCAUCUUCUUCAACUUGGCAAACACGACUGUUUACACAAAACUCAAGACAUUGCUGCAUUCCCGAAAUUACUCGGAUUUAUCUUUCCUUAUAACCGGCAGUCCGUGUUUUCGUCAGUCAAUUUUUGCCAAAACUAUCUGGCUCGAAGAAAACUAUUUGCGAAUAGCGGAGGCCUUGGGGAGUGAUCAAUCAAGGAAAAAACUGCAGCAACUGCUUUUUGCUUGAUCAAUUGAAGCUCUCCUUGGUUUUGACGAUCAUUUGAAUAAAAUUGUUUUUUUCGAUUAUUUUUAGAGUACAUCC